UUUUUUUUUUUAUCUCUUUGGCGUGCUCUAUCUAAACCCUUCCUGAUUUCAUAUCCUCUUCUUCACCUUCGUCCUCCCAUCUCUGUGUUUCACCAUGGCAGGACCAAACAACCAAGGAGAAGUCAUGUGGCCGAGAUUGGUAGCUAGCAAGGUGCUUAGAAAGAGAUUGGGUAGCAACAACUUUGUCGCAGAUUUUCCGAGCAACACAGAAGCUAGCUUGCUGGAAAUUCCAAGUAACUUGGGUCAACCAUCUUUGAUCGCUGACACCAUCUUCAAUCAUCACAAGCACACACACGACUACAAUCUUUUCGUUAGCACGUGGAAUGUUGGUGGGAUUGCACCAAAUGAAGAUUUGGAUUUGACGGAUUGGCUAGACACACCCAACAUCUGUGACAUCUAUGUUCUUGGGUUUCAAGAGAUUGUGCCGCUUAGAGCAUCCAACGUUCUUGGUUCAGAGAACAGUAAGAUUUCCAUGAAAUGGAAUUCCUUGGUUAGAAAAGCAUUGAACAAGAAGAUUGAAUGCUGCAGACGAGAUGAAAGGACUGUAGCAAGCAGCAGCAUUCCUCAAGACUUCCGCUGCAUCAUCAGCAAGCAAAUGGUUGGAAUAUUAAUAUCAGUUUGGGUUCGAAGCAGUCUUCGUCCUUACAUCCGACAUCCUAGUGUCUCUUGUGUCGGCUGUGGCAUCAUGGGUUGCCUAGGCAAUAAGGGUUCAGUGUCAGUUAGGUUUCAGGUGCAUGAAACAAGCUUCUGCUUUGUGUGCAGUCAUCUAGCAUCAGGGGGGAGAGAAGGGGAUGAAAAGUAUAGAAACUCAGACGUAGCAGAAAUCUUGUCGCGAACAAGCUUCCCUAAAGGCCCUUCACUUGAUUUGCCAAGAAAGAUUCUGGAUCACGAUCAUGUGAUUUUAUUUGGAGAUUUGAAUUAUAGAAUUUCAUUACCAGAAGAAACUACUCGUUUAUUGGUAGAUAAAAAAGAAUGGGAUCCUUUACUAGAAAAUGAUCAGCUGAAGAUGGAGCUCAUGAAUGGUCAAGCAUUUGAAGGUUGGCAUGAAGGAAUAAUCAAAUUCCCUCCUACUUACAAGUAUUACCCUAAUUCUAACGUAUACUUCGGAUGCAUCCAAGGUAAAAAAGGCGAAAAGUGGCGUGCUCCGGCAUGGUGCGAUCGGAUUAUUUGGUAUGGGGAUAGGUUAAAGCAACAUCUAUAUACUAGAGGUGAAGAAAACCUGUCUGAUCACAGACCAGUUAAGGCAAUAUUUUCUGCAGAAGUUGAAGUUCUACAAACAGUGAAAGGAAUUCAACAAUUCUUCACAUCGGAGAGGUUCGAUCGAAAAACAAAUUAUAAAUUUGACGUGCAUGCCGAACUGCGACAAAUCUCUAUGUAAAAGCAGAUUAAGCUUAAACCCAAAUAUAUAUAUAAUCUUAUUAUAAAUUAUUAGGUUGUAUAAUGUAUAAUAAUAAUAAUUAUUAUUAUUAUAUGUUGUAGUUGCUUGAAGUUGAACUUGCUGAUGAGUGUACACUGGUAAUGGGUUUCUUGUUAUUCAUGUUUCUUUAUGGGAGAGGAGUUGUCAUGAUCAUAUCAUUUCAUUUUCAAUGGAUUAUAGAAUUAGGGCUAGUAUGGCCGGAUUAAUUAAUUAUUGAUUGCUAUUAUUUAAGGGUUUGUAUUGGUUCUAAUGAGACUAUCUUUCAAAAA